UAAAGGCAGAGCUUGGUAAGAAGAGUGUGAAUAUAUCUACGUCUACCAGCUCUGUUUCACAUUAUGGCAAUCUCAGAAGCUGGAGCACAUAUUUUGAUCUUCCCUUAUCCGGCACAGGGGCAUAUGAUUCCCCUCUUAGACCUCACUCACCAACUCGCUCUUCGCAACCUAACCAUCACCAUUCUUGUGACCCCCAAGAAUCUCCACUAUCUCAACCCACUGCUCAUCAAACACCCCUCUAUUCACCCCCUUGUUCUGCCUUUUCCACGUACUGAUUCCAUUCCUGAUGGCGUCGAAAACGUCCGUGACCUCCCCAGCGGUGGCUUUCUAUCGAUGAUGACAGCUUUAUUUGAUCUUUACCAUCCCAUGCUCAACUGGUUUAGGAAGCAUCCCUCUCCGCCCGUUGCUAUUGUGUCUGAUAUAUUUCUUGGCUGGACCAACCGGCUCGCUGCAGAGUUGAACAUUCCCCGCUAUGUUUUUUCGCCAUCCGGUGUUCUGGCUAUGUCCAUUGCUUGUAAUGUAUGGCGGGAUAUGCCCAAAAGAAAUGAUCCAACCGAUGAGAAUGAAGUGAUCAAGUUUAGCGAUAUUCCAAAUUCCCCAUCUCACAACCGGUGGAAGCUAUCGCCAAUGUUUAGGAGGCAUGUGGAAGGAGACCCUCAAUCCGAGGCAUUAAAAGGUUUCCAUAUGGGGAAUGUAGUAAGUCGUGGAUUCGUUUUUAACUCCUUCACGGAGUUAGAGCGAGUUUAUUUAGACUACAUGAAAAAGUUUUUAGGUCAUGAUCAGGUGUGGGCGGUUGGACCGUUGCUCCCUUCAGAAGAAGAACGAGUAGGGCGAGGUGGAGCUAAUCAGAUUUUGGCUGGUGAGAUUAAAUCAUGGCUCGAUCAAUUUGAAGACGCCACGGUUGUGUAUGUGUGUUUUGGGAGUCAAGCUGUGUUGACAAAUAAGCAAAUGGAAAUGCUGGCAUUAGGGUUGGAGAAGAGUGGUGCACGGUUUCUCUGGUCGUCCAAGGAACCUACUACAGGACACAUGGUAGGCGAAUAUGGCAUGAUCCCGUCUGGAUUCGAAGAUCGUGUAGCUGGCAGGGGCCUUAUUGUCAAAGGCUGGGCACCGCAGGUCGCUAUAUUGAGUCACCCAGCCGUGGGAGCUUUUCUAACUCAUUGUGGCUGGAACUCCGUGCUCGAGGCAAUUGCAGCGGGAGUGCCCAUGCUGACUUGGCCAAUGGGGGCUGAUCAGUUUGCUAAUGCUGACUUGUUAGACGAGCUUGAGGUGGGAACCAGAGUCUGCGAGGGCGAAAGAAGACUUCCUGAUCCAGACAACUUGGCUCGAUUGAUCACUACUUCGGUAAGUGAUGAAAAAGAAGUUCGAUCAGGAAGGGCAAAGGUAUUGAGUAAAGCAGCACUCGGGAGUACACAGAAAGAUGGAACUUCUUAUAGAGCUGUGAAUAAUUUAGUUGAUCACUUGUCUAAUCCUAAACAACUUUAGAACCACCUAUCCAAUAACCUAAGCAUUCAUAAAUAUAAUAAAAUGAAGCAUAAUGUGCUA